CGGCCGGCCUGUCCCCGCCGCGGGCCCGGGGGCGAGACGAGGUGAGGUGAAGUGAAGGCAAGGCGGCGGCGAUGGAUUUCUCCAGGUUCCUGUCGGAUGACUUUGAGGUGAAGAGCUGGGUGAACGCGGCCUUCCGGGCCGUGCAGCAGGAGGCCCCCGGGAAGGUGGACGCCCACGCCGCUACCCUGGUGAUGAAGUUGCAGCUCUUCAUCCAGGAGGUCAACAACGCCGUGGAAGAAACAAGCCACCAGGCUCUCCAGAACAUGCCCAGAGUCCUCCGGGAAGUGGAGGUCUUGAAACAGGAGGCAACGUUCCUGAAGGAGCAAAUGACCCUUGUUAAAGAAGAUAUCAAGAAAUUUGAAGAAGACACAGCUCAGUCAAUGCAGGUCCUGGUAGAGAUUGACCAAGUGAAAUCUAGAAUGCAGUUGGCUGCCGAGUCACUUCAGGAAGCAGACAAAUGGAGCACGUUAAGUGCAGACAUUGAAGAGACUCUUAAAACACAGGAUGUGUCUGUGAUUUCGGCCAAACUAACAAGUAUGCAGAGCAGUCUGGCUAUGCUUGUGGAUACACCAGAUUACUCCGAGAAGUGUGUGCAUCUUGAGGCUCUGAAGAACCGACUAGAAGCUAUGGCCAGCCCUCAGAUUGUUGCUGCUUUUAAUUCCCAGUCUGUAGAUCAGGCAAAAACGUUUGUUAAAGUCUUCACUGAAAUUGAUCGGAUGCCCCAGCUUCUUGCUUAUUAUUAUAAAUGCCACAAGGUGCAGCUGGUGGCCGUGUGGCAGGAUCUUUGCCAAAGUGACUUAAGCUUAAAUCGCCAGUUGACUGAACUGUAUGACACGCUCCUUGGGACCUGGCACUCACAGCUUCAGUGGGCAGCACAGGUUUUCAAGAACCCCCAUGAAAUUGUGACUGUGUUGUUGAUUCAAACUCUGGGAGCGUUGGUGCCUUCCAUCCCUGUCUGCCUCAGCACUGCCGUGGAAAGAACGGGCCAAAACACCAAGCUGAAUAAGCUGCUGGAGCUCUAUGAUGCCACCAUCCACUUCGCAAAAGGGCUGGAAGUAGCAAUGCUGCCAAACUUGAAGGAGCAGAACCUGGUAAAAGUGAUGGAACUGGUGGAAGCGGUGUAUGGUCCGUACAAGCCCUAUCAACUUGAGUAUGGAGACUUGGAAGAAGAAAAUCUCCUCAUUCAGAUCAGUGCAGUGCCAUUGGAGCAUUGGGAAGUAAUUGACUGUGUCCAGGAACUGAACCAUUCAGUCAGCAAACUCUUCAUUCUGGCCUCUGGAGCCAUCGACAACUGCAUUAAACUCACUGAUGGACUGGGAGUGUGUGGGCUCCUUAAGGCCCUGAAAGCUCUGUUCACAAAGUAUACAUCUGACUUUACGAAUACAUUGCAGUCUAUACGAAAGAAAUGUAAGCUGGAUGAUGUCCUAUCAGAUUCCCUUUUCCAGGAGGACUGGACUGCAUUCCAAAACUCUGUCCGGAUAAUUACUACUUGUGGUGAGCUCCUUCGUCAGUGUGGAGACUUUGAGCAGCAACUGGCCAACAGGAUUUUAUCAACUGCUGGGAAGUAUCUCUCGGACUCCUACAGCCCUUGUAGUUUUUCUGGCUUUCAGGAUACCAGUUCUGCAGAAAAGAAGAGCUCCGUAAAGAAUCCCUGGCAGGAGUACAAUUAUCUUUUGAAGGAGAAUCCAUCCGAGUAUGCCAACCUUAUGGAAACACUUUACACUCUAAAGGAAAAAGGUACGAGUAACCACAACCUGUUGUCUUCAUCGCGAUCUGCCCUAAGCCGCCUCAACCAGCUGGCACACCACUUGGCUUUUGAUUCUGUUUUUCUUCGCAUCAAACAACAACUCUUACUCAUUUCAAAGAUGGAGGGUUGGAAUUCUGGUGGCAUUGGUGAGACCCUGACAGAUGACCUGCCAAACUUCAGCCUGACUCCUCUGGAAUACAUCAGCAAUAUUGGGCAAUAUAUUAUGUCACUUCCUCUCCACCUUGAGCCAUUUGUCACUCAGGAGGAUUCUGCUUUGGAACUGGCAUUACAUGCUGGAAAACUGCCUUACCCCCCAGAACAAGGAGAUGAAUUACCUGAGCUGGACAACAUGGCUGACUACUGGCUGGGCUCCAUUGCCAGAGCUACAAUGCAAACUUACUGCGAAGUUAUCCUGCAAAUACCAGAGCUCACAGUACAUUCGACAAAGCAGCUUGCCACCGACAUUGAUUAUCUCAUAAACGUGAUGGAUGCCCUCGGCCUUCAGCCAUCAAGAACACUGCAAAAUAUUGUAACUCUGUUGAAGGCAAAACCAGAGGACUACCGGCAAGCUGCAAAAAGUGUGCCCCGCAGAAUGGCCAGCAGCAUCGGUGCAAUGAGAGGCCUGGAGUGUUAGCUGUAAUGUCCCUGCUGCUGGACACUGUUCAAGGGCUGAACUGUUUGGGUUGAUUUUAUUUCCCUAUAAACUUUGCAAGAACAGUGAAAAUAUCUCUGGGGAUUAGGGCAAUUUAUUUCUGAAUAUCUUUUAAUAAAUGUCUUUGUCUAGGAAAA